AUGGGGCUCCAAACAGAGAAGGACAAGGAGAAGGAAGAUCAAAAGAAGAAUUUUAAAAUAUGUAGCAAAAAAUUCGAAACGGAUGAGUUGGAGGUUUUGAAGAAGAUUUUCAAGGAGCUAGGAAGCAGAUCGGCAUCGAGCCAAAUAGACAAGGAGACCUUUCUCCAGUUUUUCCCCUUGCCAGGAUUAUGGGGAGAACGACUGUUCUUAAAAUUUAAUUUCAAAAAUACAGGCUACAUAGACUUUGAAGAAUUUAUAAUCGGUAUUGCCAUCUGUUGCAGAGGAACAAAAGUGACAAAAUUAAUGUACUCUUUGAUAUUUUCGAUUUAAAUGGUGGCGAUGCUAUCAAAUAUUCCAUAUAUUGAUAAAUUAAAAACUGUUUUUUUUAAUAAAAAAAAUAGAAGAAAGAAGAAUUUUUACGAUGGUGAGUAUAACUCGAAUGAGAAUAUGUAUGACCCUGUGGAAGGGGAGGACUAUGUGGAUGAGGAUGAAGUAGAUCAUGAGGACUGUAAUGGUGGAUAUAAUGGAGAGUACCCUGGGAGUUACCAUUAUGGGGAUAUUUAUGGGUAUAGCAAUGGGGACCAGGAUGUCGACGAAGAUGACAAUAACUACAGCAAUAGCUACAAUGACGAUGGGUAUAGCGAGAAUGAGGUUGCCGAGGAGGACAACGAGGAGGACGUGAAUGAUAACGACGAGGCUUUCUACGAUGAGGGACACGUGAGUGCAGCUGGUGUAAGCGGCAUCGGUGUAAGCGGUAACGGGGUAAGCGGCAACGGGGUAGGUACGAACGAUGCCGCUGUGAACGGAGCGAACGGCGUGACCAACUGCAGCAAAUGUCUGCAGCAGCAGAGGCGGUUAAGGAAACGCAACAAGCUGCUGAACAUGCGGGAGCUGGCGAAGAAAAUCAGGAAGGAGAAGAAGCACCAGCUGGAGAGGUGCAUGAAGGGAAUCAGAAACGAAAGAUACCAGGAGAGCAACCCAUUCAAUGGGGCAGACAGAAAAUCUAAGAAAGAAAAGGAGAAAAACAAAUCCCCAAAGGGAGAUUUCAUUUUCAAGAGUGAAAGCGACGAUAACACGAACACAUCAUCUAGCAGCACAUCCAAUGGGUUCAUCAAUGAAGAAAUGGAUCACUCAAAUGUUAGUAAAAAAAAAAGUCUGAGAAGCAGGACAAAAAAAAGAGCCUCUAGAUACGUAACCAAUUUCAGAAAUGGGAAUAAUCACAACGGGUUCUUGUCAUCAACGAGCGAUAGCUGCACGAGUAACGAUACGAAUUCAUUUUUGAGCAGCGAAGAAGUGGACAGCUUUGACUCCAACAAGGAGCAGCGUGAUGGAGGCGACAGCUACUCCAGUAGCACGGCAGACUCCUUCAUCAGCAUCUACGGCUACCUCAUCAAGAAUAAGCAGCGCAGGAGGAGGAGGAAGAAGGGCUGCCCAGAUAGGGCCGCAGACCACGCGGCGGAGAAGUUAGCGGGGGAGAAGUUAGCCGGAGACAGGUUGGCGGCAGACCGAGCAGUGGCAGAUCGAGCAGUGGCCUACCGCGCUGUGGCCAACCGCGCGGUGGAGCAGGAGACCGAACGGGCAAAGGACAAUGGCCGAGAAAAUAACGCCCCACAACGAAGGAAUGAGUUGAACCAGGAGGAAGCUGGCUGCGCGAAAAGCGGUGGUGCGCAAGGAGAGGGAACAGAGAGUGAGGAUGAAGAUGCCCAGUCGGAAGAACAAACCAAAGUGGCGAACGAAGAAAUAGAAGAAGCAGGAGGAAUGAUAAAAAAAGGGAAGAAACGGACUUGCUUCAAUAACCGAACAAGGAAUAUACUCAAUGAUGAAGAAAAUUAUGACAUGCAAGAUAAAAAUGUAGACGUUGAGGAAAUAGUCGACCGGAUGCUUGAAGAGUGUGAAUUCUGGGACAAUGAUAAAAUAACACCCAUACAGUUUAAGAGUGUGAUAUACAAGUAUGACUUUUUUCUGUAUGUAUUUUUUAGCUGUCUUCAUGAAGACAUUUGGGGACUUCAAGGAAAUGUACUUUAUGGAAGAGACUAUAUUAGCAAUUUUGUAAUAAAAUCAGAAAAUUUUAAGAGCAAGCAAAUCGAUGAAAAUGAGGAAGUAAUUACGGAAGAGGUUUAUUUUAAGAUCAGACAGCUCUUCAUUAUCCAGGCACCUGAUUACGACUGCUUGAAUGAUAAUUUGUGUGUGAACUUUCUGAAGGGGGAACAGGGAAGCGGCCACGAAAGGGGGAGCGACAACGAAAGGGGAGGCGGCCACGAAAGGGGAGCCGGACAUGUUAGUGGAGGCCACCACCACCAGCUGAACCCGGAAGCAGCCAGCGCAGAUGCCGAUAAGGACAAAAGCGAUCCCGGGGCCAGCAAGAAAAAAGCCAAGGUUGAGAAUGGCAGCAAGUUGGUCAAUUUUGCUCUACCCAGCGGGGCAGAAACAACGGGGGGUGUAUCAGAGGUUGUAGCGGAGGGUGUACCGCAGGCUGUAGCUGGGACCGAGGCGGAGGACCAGAAGGGAGGCUGCAGAGGAGUGGUAAAAAUGGCGCCUCCGCACAGCCAGGAGGAACACGCCAAUGCGCAAGGUGGCGAUGACGGUCGGGCAGAACUGCGUCUUCUCGUGUCGGAAAGGCCCCCUGAGGAAGGGACUCCCGCCCAGCAUGUGGAGGGGCACGAAAAGAGGGAAGCCAUUAUCCCCUCAAGCGGAAAUAUGGUGAAUCCAACGAGCGCCGUAGACGCGGUGGACGCCGCUUUGGAGCCCGCCCCUUCGAGGCAGUCAGAAAGCCCCCAACACGAGAAGGAAGAAACGAACGGUGACCAACCGUGUGAACAGAAGGAAAGCGCAGCCAAAGGGAGCGCCGCCAAAGUUAGCGACUCCAAAGGUAGCGACGCGAAUGGCAACUCCCACGCGGUUGAGAGAAGUGAGGAGGAGGCGGAGGAGAAGAAGAGGCUGGAGGGGAAGAAGAAAAUUGCGGAGUGUUUUAACGCCGUGCUGAGGCAGAAGGGCAUGCGCGAGGUGAGCAUCGGGGAGGGAGGCGGCAAGGAUGGUGUCAAGGAUAGCGCCAAGGAUAUCGUGAAGGACAUCGAGAAGGACAUCGAGAAGGACAUCGAGCAGGACAUCGAGCAGGACGCCGCCCAGCGCUGCGGAGAAGGCACACAGAAAAGCGAAGAAAAAAUGAUCAUGGCCCUGGAAGACAUAAAAAAUAAGGCAGGAUACGAAUGCGACUUCAACCUGCUGACCAACUCCCUGAACGAUAUUUUUUCCAAAGAAAUUGUAGAGUUUAUCAAGGCCUCCCAAAUUAGCUUCAACAUUAACGAGGUGUGGAAGGAGCGAAAUGGCCACUCCAAGGGUAAGUACAAGAAGGCUAAGAGGAACAUCGAGAAGACAAGAAAUUAUUCGAACAGUGCACACUGCGGGAAGAAGAAAAAGAAGCUCCCCGUGAAUACCGGGUUAAGCGUCGAGGGGGCGAACGAGCAGGAGGAGGGACCGGCGCAGGAGCGACAGAAUCACGCGACCGAGGGGGUGAACGCGGUGGAAGAAGGCCCACGAUCGGUUGACAAGGCGAUUGAGAAAAGCCCCUCCGGUGCGGAGAUUCAGCAGUUGGAAAAGGUGGACCUUCUCGGAAGGUUGGGGCUCUCGGGGAGGAAGGCAGAGGUUAAGGGGGAAGCGGUAAAUGGGGAAGCGGCAAAUGGGGAAGCGGUAAAUGGGGAAGCGGCAAAUGGGGAAGCGGUGAAGGAGGAAGCGGUGAAGGAGGAAGCGGUGAAGGAGGAAGCGGUGAAGGAAGAAGCCGUGGAGCCAGUAGCCGUGGAAAUGCCAGCCGAAGCACCUGCCGCCGCACCUGCCGCCGCGCCCGCUGCAAGCGAGGCGCAGCGGCCCAGCCGGCACUCCCACGAGGGGAAGAAAAAGAAAAAGCACGUGAAGGACGUUAACCUGUACUCUUGCCCCAACUGCAAGGGGCCCUUCCUGAUGUGCCCCAACUGCCACGGGCGGUACCCCAGGUUCUGCGUGAACGAAGACAAAAUAGCCAUGGAGUGCGAAUACUGCGAAUGCGAGCACUGCUAUUUUUAUAAGUGCAUCUAUUGCAACUUCGAUUUCCAGAAAUGUCUAGAUAUGAUUAAAAAAAACUCAUUGAAGGAAGGAAUCCUUUACAAGAUAGGGAAGCACCUGCACCAAUUCAAGGCAAGGUAUUACAUCCUUUUCGAUAAUCUGUUAUAUUAUUACGACAAGCAAAAGAAUCUCAAGCCACGAGGAUUCAUGUUCUUGGAAGGAUGCUACGUAGAAGUGAUCUCCAAAAAUGACAACGUUAGUAAAUACGGUUUUUCUAUAUGUCACAAGGGAACCAAUCAAGUACAGAGGAGAAAUUUAUACGUGAAUACGUAUGAGGAGAGAGAGGAAUGGUUACAGGCCUUGUAUUCCACGACGAAGCAGAACACGUUAUAUAAUCUGUACGAAUUACAUGAACAGUUAGGACAAGGAAAAUUUUCUACAGUUUACCGAGGAAUUAACAAACAGACGAAUUCAGAAUUUGCUAUUAAAGUUAUUGAUAAAAGAUCCGUUUCGAUUUACGAGAAGGAGCUAUUGCGUAGUGAGAUCUCCAUUUUGAGACUCCUACGACAUCCGAAUGUCAUUUAUUUGAAAGAGAUCAUUAAUACGAAGGAGACGUUAUACAUCUCGAUGGAGUUAGUAAAAGGAGGAGAGUUAUACGAUUUUUUGUUAAGCGAGACGAGACUAAGUGAGAUUCACGCCAAUAAAAUUGUAUCGCAGUUAAUCAAGACAGUAGCAUAUCUACACAGAUGUGGGAUCAUACAUAGAGACAUCAAACCAGAAAAUAUCCUACUUACAGACAAAUCUAGGGAUGCACAAAUUAAGUUAACCGAUUUUGGUUUAUCUACCUUAUGUGCUCCAAACGAACUGUUAAAGGAACCAUGUGGGACUCUUGCAUAUGUAGCUCCGGAAGUCAUCACUCUGCAGGGUUAUAACCACAAGGUAGAUGCAUGGUCAAUCGGAAUCAUACUAUACUUGCUUCUUAGUGGAAAACUACCAUUCCCAAUUAAUAAAAAUACAGAAAUGAAUAUACAAAAAAAUUAUGUACUCACUUUUAAAGACCACAUAUGGAAAAGUAUCUCCUCAUCAGCUAAAGAUCUCAUUUCGAAGUUGUUGGAACUUAAUGUUGAAAAAAGAAUAUCAGCAAAUGAAGCAUUGGAACAUAUUUGGAUAAAAAACCCAACUGCUGUCAUUAAUGAGAAUUCUUUUAUUUACAAAAAUGAAGAGAUUAAUAUUUUAAAUUUACAGGAUGUUAGUGUUAGUACUUUUAAUAUACCCAAGUAUGCUCCUUUCCAUUUGGAAGAUGAAAAAACGGAGGAAGUAGAGAACAAAAAUGUCUUUAGUUUCCAUAAGGAAGACAUUAUGUACGAGAAUAAUGAUUCGACUGAUGAACCGGUUAUCCCUUUACCUUAUAGUGGGGCCCCUUUGAAAGAUAAUGCUACUGACAAGAACAUGGUCGCUUCUUCCCACUCCAAGGAAAUUUCUUUCACCAAAGAGGAAGCACAAACAAAAGAGGAAAAGGAAAAUCUGCUUAGUGGUGAUGCAAAAGGUGAAAAAUUCGCUGGGGGAGUUGUACCAAACGGUGACCAACGGGAGGAACGAACUCCUUGUGAGGGUCAGCAAACUGGGGAAAAAAUGCCUAUUGAAUACACCACUGAGGAGGGGGGUGCCGACCACCCGAUCGGCUCAUCUUCUUCCCCCCCCGGGUGA